GUUUCCAGGUGUCAUAGGGUGACUGGGCCCAUGAAGAGGGAGCAGGGUCCCAUGCACCGGGGCUGCCGACCUGCUGCGCCAUUCGGGCUUACGGGGAGGCACUGGGGUCUUCGUAAAGAGGAAAGAAGCAGAGGGCUGCAGAUGCUGGGAGGCUCCUGCGGGCUGCAGAGAGGUGAGGGCUGAGAGCCAGGUGAGUAGGAGUAGGAAAGACUGGAGCCAGGGAGGGCUAUGAGUGGCUUGCCAAGGCAGGGAAGUGCUGCAGAGAGCAGAUCAGGGGAGAAAAGAGAAGCCCCAGGACUGUGCAUUGUUGUGUGAUUUAGGCCAUUAAAUUAGACCCUGGGAGAAGGGGAGCUACUGGCCAAAAAUAAAGGCUGUGAGGAAUUAACAAGGGGUGCAAAGAAGAGACCGGAUGGAGGCUGCUGCUGAGGUACACCAGGCAGAAAGGGGAUGCUGUGGGGCAGGCAUGCCAUUCUACAGCACCCCCUUCUGGCCUGCUGUGGCUCAGCUUGUGGGUUGUCUGCCCAGGGCUAGCCUGUAGGGCCUGAUUCUCCAUAAUGCUGGGAAGCUGUGUCCCUGGCUGACUCCAGGUGGAAUUACCUAGGUGCCUAGCCCCUCUGAUCAUCGGAGCGUCGGGGUCGAAGCUGCUGGCCGGGAAUGAGCUUGGGUUUGGUACACAGGGCACUCCAGGGGAAUGGAAGGCUCUGUAUUAGGAGGAGCAUGUGUCCCCACACCACCAAGAGUUGGCCCAAGACAACAUUGACAGGGGGCCAAGUCAUCCAGCUGGGAGAAGGCGUCCAUUCCUCCUGAGUAACCCUACAAUAACAACUCAGGUUCCUGAACAGGAUGGAGGAAAACAAGCUGAAAGGCAACAGUUGCCCAUCCAGUAUCAGAAACAGUGGGGAGGACAAAAUGGCAGCCUGCGCCCACUGAAGUUGAUGGCAGAGCACCUCAUGCCGGCAGUGAGAGCAAGACUGAGUCCUGGGUGAGGAUGCCGUGGCUAAAGGCUGGCUAAGGCUCCCACACAGAGUUCAGCAAUGCCCAGGGUGUGCCAGCUCAGCGCUCGCUCUCUUUACUCAAGGGCAGGCCCAUGUUUUCCUAACCGCCCUCUCACAUCUGCGCACCUCACAACCUGUAAUAUAUUUAGCGUCCUAACGCUCCUGGUAGGCAGGGAAGGGCUGUUAUCCCUGCGUCUCCCCAGGCCUCUGGUUUGUGUGUGCUAGCGGCAUUUGCACAUGCAGCCUGGCUAGGCAGACCCUGAGGACUAGAGGAAGGAGCGUGAAUGCACACACAAGCUGGAGUGCCCCUAAACACAGAUUCUCAGCUUUGUGAACCGGAGGGGAGGGGAUCCUGAAAAUCUGUGCCAUGGUGUCUGUCUGUCUGGUGCAUGCAAAUAACCCCAAUGUGAUUUCCCUUCCCCCCCCACUGUAACAAAGGCGAGGGGGCACUCAGGCUAGUUCCCAGAGGCUGCAGGGCUCUCUGGAGCAGGGUAGUGGGGAGGGGAGGAGGACGGGGGAUCUGGACUGACUGGCUGAAAUACCUCUCUCAGCAGCAGCCUUCUCCGCCCUUCCCAGGGUUUGUUAUUCUAAGACUCCUGGCCCAAAUGAGAAACAAAUGGGGAAAUGUAAGAAGCCCUGCACAGGCUGCCGUGCAGGCAAAGGCCUAACCACCGUCACAAAUGGGGGGCAGAGGGAAGCCCCAGGGGUGACAAAUUGUGUUUUCCAGAAGGGCCCAGCAAAGCCUGCAACGCUUGUUCCCAGAGCCGGAGCAUUUGGGACAGCUGGACGCAGAAGGAAGAGGCUGGACGGGACCAUUUGCUAUUUUCUUUCCUUCUCCCACGCUGAAGACAUCUUGAGAGAGGGGGCUGACCUGUGACCCCACUUUGCCUCCUGCCCCCAUCCCCACCCUAUGAGUGUUUCUAAGCUGGGUCUCACCCAAUGAUGAGAAUAGCAAGCGGGGAAGAGGCAUAUCGUUGGAGUGGGUCUCCUGGGAUAGGGUGGGGCAUCCUACAGCAUCGUGUUAGGUUGCUUUUAUUUACCUCUUUGCAUGCCCUGUAUUCUACAUCAGCCAGGGACCAUGUGCUUCUUGCUGUACUGCUAUGCUGAGGCUGAGGGGGAUGGUUGCUGACUCUUUUCACAGUGAAAGACAGUUAAUCUGGGGUUAGAAUGAGGGCAGGGAAUGGAGGCAAAGGAGUGGGAAGCAACUGGCAGGGAGUCCUCACCAAAUCAGACCCUAAAAUGGAAUGUCCUUGGAAUGAGGGUUAUUUUCCCUGCUGUACGACACCCGGCAGCAGCUCUGCACAAUGGGCCUUGUUUUGAAUCAGACGCAUGCUGUUUCCCUGCCUGCCUGCAUCAGUUUCUGCUAGUCUCAGCCGGCAGGUGCGUGAUGUGAAGUGCCCCAUAGCCCAGGCUCCCAGAUGGAUAGCUGCAUGGCUCCCCAGCCCCAGGGGGUGGGGAUGGGGGAGAGGCCCAGCACAGAGGAGGUAACAUUUCUGGCGUUACAGCACCUGAGCAAACACGGUUGGGAGGGGGAAUAACCCCCAUGACUCCCCAGAGGCCAAGCAGCACUGAUCCCCUAAAUGUGCCAUAAAAAGACCAGAGCACAGUCCCCUCAUGUUUGGAAUCAAAGGGCAGUCGGAGGCAUCAGAGCAGCCAGCGUGGUGGGGGAGUUGGUCAGGGCUGGAAUCCCAUCCAUGCACGGAAUCCCAUCCAUGCACUGAAUCCCCAAGUUCUUUCCCUUGAUUAUUUCUGUUGAACAAGCAGUGGGAGCUGGGUCACCUCCAUGGCAGGCUCCUAUGCGAAUGGGCAGGUGGAAGGACAGCACCAGUCCAGCAACCAUGUGGGCCCAGAAAGGAGAUGUCUCAUGGCGGUCAAAGCCCCCACUGACUUGUAGAGUGACCUUGAACGUAGGCUCCGAUCUUCAAACGUAUUUAGGCACCCAUUGAAAUUCCCUUGACAUGGGAGCUAGGUGCCUAAAUACCUUUGAGGAUGUGGGCCUUUCCCUCCCCAUGUCUGAGCUUCCUCCACUGUAAAAUGGGGCUAACAAUACAGUCUAGCUAAUGAUUUUAUACUGCUGUCCAUCAUCCUUGUAUGUGGGCACCUUCCAUAUGAAAUUGAUAGCAACAGGGAAGUUCCUAGGGGACUUGGAAUCUCUGGCCUGGCUCCUUUUGAAGUGUCCCAUCUCUGCUUGGGCUACCCUUUGGUUUGUUUUAUUGAUCUCCCCUGUGUAAAGGGCUCGGCGAGCUGCAGCUGGCGAGUUCUCUGGUAAUGGAGAUACUGUUGGGGGGUAAACUUUAAAUGACAUGUUUUACAGAGCUGAGGAGUAGGUUGUACCAAGAAAUUGAGCACCGAGUAUUAACAAUCAGAAACGAGUGAGCUUCUACACUGAAAGCAGGGACUGCUUCAUGGCUUGAGACUCUUGUGUGAUCACUGGGUGUGCUGCACAUUUUAUAGCUAAUCAGCAUGCUCAGUCCUGCAGUGCUCGGCUCAGAAAUAGUCACUACAGGCAUUUUCCGUAGUUGGAUUGUCCAUAGGAUCCUUUUCCCAGCUUCUUGUUCCAGGACCAAUGAUAGCUUUGCCAGGAGCAGAGUUAGUGGCCAACCCUGUGGUCAGAGCCACCUGUUGAAGUAGGAUCCCUGCUCUGUGACCUGGAGUGGUGGCUUCCAGAUGUGCAGCCUUGGAGCUGACGGUGCCCCCCCAGCCUCCCGCUGAGCCGCUGUUUACUCAACUGGGACAUGCUGGACACCCUGGGACCUCCUGCUCUCCCCCUUCCCCAGCCCCAGCCAGGCUGGGAGGGCUAUAAAGGGCUCCUAGGACAGGACGGAGAGAGAGACCUUGUUCCUUCUUCGCCAGCUCACACCAUGGACGCUUCUGUCCACGCUCCCCUCGGGCUGGCCGGCUGGCUCUGGGGCCCCCCAGCUGCCUGGGGCUGCGGGCGCCCUGUGCAGGGCCGAGAACAAGGCAGAAGAUUCCCACCGCUCUGGAGACCCUGGCUUCCCACUGCAAAGGACCUGUGCAGGCAGAACAGGGACCAGACCGACCCAGCCCGCGGCAGCGAGACGCUGGUGGAUGGUGGCUCCGGCAAGGCAUCGGCACUGUUCCGGCACCCUGUCAGACUCUUCUGGCCCCGCUCUAAAUCCUUCGAUUACCUGUACAGUGAGGGGGAGAAGCUGCUGGAGAACUUCCCCGUGCAAGCCACCAUCAGCCUCUAUGAGGACUCCGACAGCGAGGAGGAGGGGGAAGGCUGGGGGGAGGAAGGGCAGGCGGAGGAGGGGGGGCAGCAGGCAGAGGAGUCUGUGUUACGGCAGGAGGCAGGCUGCCAUCAGGGGCCAGCUGGGGCCAGCCAGCCAAUAAAGCUCUGUCUGAAGUGACCCCCACAGUGCCCAGUGCACUUGGGCAAGACUCAGCUGUGGGGAUAAAUGCCACCACCUUUCCCAGUGCUGCCAGUAAAGGAGCCUGCCAGAGACUCCGCCCCAAGGUUCUGAGACCCCGGCCCUUGCCGUCCUACACCAGGGUGUGUGUGUGUGGUGAUGGGGGGCCAGAGGGUUGUUUGGAAGCAUUUUCAGGUCUCUCCAGCAGGGGGCACAGUUCAAACCCAGGGGCUGCAAAACUCCAAGAUGGUCCUGCGGGAGGCGAGAGGCCCCCGUACCUGUUCCAGGUGAGCAGUCAGAGCUCGGGGCAGCUGGGCUAAGUGUCUGCCAGGGAGAGGACUCUCCCAUUCCAGACUAUGACGUCCCCUGAGCAAUGCCUGCCUAGUGCUGGGGAGCGGGGCUGGGCCGAAGGCAGAGGUCAGCUUGCCUUCUGCACCAGCCCCUUUGGGAGCUGGGUGAGGGGUCUCAAAGAAGAAGCCUGGACAGACAACGCUGUGGGAGCUGGGCUCAGAGUGAGUGUUCCAGCCUGCUCGCCCUAACCCCGAGGGGGUGUCUGCCCCCACUCGGGGGUGCUGGUGCCCAGGUGGAGCUCAGCUGGGGCUCUGGGUUUUAGUCUGUAUGUUCUGAGGGUUAAUGUAAAGCAGGGCACUGAUGAGUGAAAUAAAGCAUGUGAUG